AUGUUUGGCAUUCGAGGACAUUUAGCGAAAAGUCGAAUAACCGAUUUUAUGCAAGUUUUUGUACGAAAUUGUCGAGUAGCUUACAAUAGGGCUAAGCCUAUGGAUUAUGAGAAUGACGCUGCUAACCGCAACAUGUUGAGAAAUGAAAUAAAUGUGCUUAUUCAAAAAAAACAAGUUAUACCAACUGUUAUUGCUGGCGAAGAAAUCUGUGCUAAUGGUGAGGAACAACAAAUACGUAUGCCACACAAGCAUAAACAAAUAUUGGCAAGAUUUCAAUACGCAGAAUCGGAACAUUAUAAAGUAGCUAUGGAUGCAGCAAUGCGCAUACGUGAACAAUGGAUUACAGUAUCGCCGAAGGAACGCGUUGAAAUUUGGAUGAAAACUGCAGAUUUGUUAGAGAAAGAGUACCGUCAUCGUUUAAAUGCUGCUAUUAUAUUGGGACAAGGAAAGACAUGCAGUCAGGCAGAUGAAGAUACAUGCGCCUUAGUGAACUUUCUGCGAGCAAGCGGAACUGCGUUGAUUAAAUUAUCAAAACGCAAACUUAAGAACUUUAAUGCAGAUGAAAUAGAUGCCCGUUUUAAGGUACGAGCAAUGAACGGAUUCGUUGUUGCUAUAGGUCCUUUCAAUAUGACAUCAAUAUCAGCUGGUUUAGCUGCACUCCCAGCGCUAGUGGGUAAUGCUGUCGUGUGGAAGCCAUCGGAUAGCUGUUUACUUUCCAGUUAUAUAGUAUACCAAGCAUUUCAAAAAGCUGGUUUACUCGAUGGUAUUAUAAGCUUCUUGCCUACCAAUGAUGAAUAUUUAUUACGCUGCUUAAGGCAAAGUGAAUAUUUUGUUGGUGUCAACUUUACAGGAAAAACUGAAACAUUUAAUACCAUUUGGAAUUUAAUUCGACCAUGUAUUCGAUGUUUUAGAAAUUUUCCCCGUUUGGCGAGCGCUUGUGGAGCAAAAAACUUUCACUUUGUGCACAAGAGUGCUGACGUCAAAAAGGUUGUUAAUGCUACCAUUGAUGCUGCAUUUAUCUAUUCAGGUCAGCACUGUACCGCCUGUUCACGUCUUUAUGCCCCUCAAUCUAAAUGGGCAGAAAUAAGCGAAGCAAUGAAACAAGAGCUUGACAAAAAAAAUAUUGGCGAUCCAACUGAUUUUAGCACGUUUUCCUCUGCGGUUAUUAACGAUGUUGCUUUCAGACGUAUCAUAAAUUAUAUUAAUGAUGCCGAAAAAAAGGAAGAGAACGAAAUUGUAUAUGGUGGCGGAUAUAGCAGUGGAAUUGGAUACUAUGUGGAACCUACUGUAAUUGUGUGCAAAAAACCAUUUGAUCCACUAAUGACGAAAGAAAUAUUUGGACCGAUCUUGAGCGUUUAUCUUUAUAAAGAUGAUGACGUUAACCAGACUUUCGAGCUGAUUAGCAAAACUUCCGAGUAUGCAUUUAAUGGUGCUGUUUUUGCAAGAGAUGAAGAAGUCAUCAAGAACUCUAAGAUGAAUUUACGCUAUGCUGCUAGCAAUCUGUUUAUAAACAAUGGUUGUAGAAAAUCAACGAAUCAACAAAACCUUUUUCACGGCACCAGACAAUCCGGAAACAGGAGAGGGGCUACUGUUUUAGACCGACUUAUACGCUGGUGUUCUCCACAACUAAUUGAGACAACAAAAAUAAAAGAUGACGAAUGUAAAAAAACUUGUUAA